AUGGACUUCGAAUUUUCUGGGAUCGCUACUACUUCUUCGAACCCAACCAGGAAACCCCAGUCCCUCCAGGCUCGCUACGAAGAAGUGAAAAACUCAGCCGAUAAAUAUCAGAUCUUACAAGUCGGGCUGACAAUCUGUCACGAGGAUACCAAGAAUGCGUCGUAUACUUUGAAACCCUACAACGUAAACUUGAACCCGAUUAUCGACCGGAGACUAGAGGUGGAGAGAGGCUGGUCCAUGCAAAGUAGCGCUAUUGAGUUCCUACUCGAGAACAAGUUCAGCAUCGACUCCAUUUUGAAACACGGUGUCCAAUACCUGUCUCGGGAGGAAGAAAAACGAGCUAUUGCCAACGCCAUCGAAAGACGUGACCGCGUCGCAACACACACGUUGAUCGACGUCAAAGAGACUGAGCACGAGUCGUUAGCCUUUCUAAAAGCUGUUCGCCGUGUCGUAGAUGACUGGCUUGCAUUGGGAGCCACACGCGAAGAGUACCUGAACAUCCCGCCGCCAACCCGCCUUGGUGUUUCUCAGUCAUCCAAGUCUCUACCCUCGGCCUUGAACCGGUUUCAGAAAAGGCUUGUUCACCAGCUGAUAGAGGUGGAAUAUCCUUCAUUGGUGGCAAUCAGCAGACCCGACUUCAUCCAAAUCAUCGACUACAAUGAGGAACGUGAGAGAUCUGUCCGCGAGCAAAGAGUGAAGAAAAUUCAGGAGCGCACCUGGAAACAAACAGGCUUUAGGUGGGUAGCUGAGGCUUUAGCCGGAGGAGAUCUUACCAAUCUGCAUUCCGGCUACUUCAUUGGUAUCAUGGCGAGCUCCGCUGCUGUAGAACCAAAAUACCCUCUGAACGAGUUUUCAGACAAACUCAAGCAGCGAUUGAAAGAGCAUAGGCCUGUUCUUGUUGGCCAUAACAUUUUCUCAGAUCUUAUCUACUUUUGCCGUUGCUUCUUUGGGCCUCUUCCAAGCAAAGUGGAAGAGUUCCAGUCAAUGGCGCACGAAUUGUUUCCGGUUUUGAUGGACACCAAAUACAUGGCCACACACAACUGUGGUUCCAUCAAUCCCAGGUCGUCACUCUCAGAGCUUAACGAAAACUUGGCGAAGAAAGCAAUUCCGAAAAUCAGUGCGCAUGACUUCCUUGAUCGUCAGUUUGAAUUGAUGGCUAAGAAGACAACAGGCAUACACCCGCAACAUUCCAAGUAUACUACUCAGAAAAUUGACCAUGAAGCAGGCUACGAUAGCUUGCUAACCGCCCAAGUUUUUAUCAGGCUGUCUGCUCAGCUCCGCGAGGGAGGGGUAGAACCACUGCAACAGAAGUCCACUAAAGAUGCUCAAGACACAUCGUAUCUCCAGCAAACGUAUCGAGAGGUUGCACCCGAUGCCUAUGCUGAGGGCAGAUUGCAACCAACAUCUGGAAGCGCACAGAAAGCUUUUGAGCAGAAGCCAAGACCAAUCAGUACAGAAUCUCCCAAACCGCCAAUGAGCAGAGUCCUCGAAACCAGAUUUGAUUUACUAGAAAUUGAGGAGGCCAUAGAUGAAGUCGACAGUAAUAUACCUAUUAAUGACCGUAGAUUGUCAUUGGGUCCUACCGAUUCUGUGGAGGUCAUGCAGAAGGCUGUCAAUGGCGAGCUCAUCCCUCGCCUGGGAGCGGAGUUCUGGAAAGUAUACGGGAACAAGUUGCGAGUCUUUGGCACAUUGGAAAGAGUUUGCGUGAUGGGAGCGCCGUGA